UAUCUUGCGUACAGCAACAGUAAGAAUAAGGACAGCACACUGGGAGCUGUAACGCUUCUCGUGUCAGCUGGGGUGAAGUUCAGAAUCUCGGCCGUAGUUUCUGACUGGUUAGAUGUGCAGGAUUGGGGCCAACAACACAUUCGACUUUAUGAGCUUCUCCAAUAUGUGCUAUACCGUUAAACAUUUAUUAUUUCUGUGCCCCUUGUGGUGUGGUGCCGUGCGUGACUGUGUCAGGUUAUAGCGUGCAUCUUCACAUGACGACUUUGUUGUUGUUGUUAUCUGUGUAUGACAUAAUUUAUAGUUGCCUGGGCAGUAGUGCAUUGUCAUUAGCUUGUUACGCUUGACUUAACAGUCGUGUUACUCACCAUGCAUGCUAUGCAGCAUAUUAAAUUGGUGUCGCGUUGCACAGGAAUGCUGCACUCGCUUAUAAGUAGGGUUCUGAUUUUUCGGUGUUUUCGUUUUUGCAAGGCAUGGGGUGUUUAGCAGAGUUUUCAAUUUCCAGAAAAUUUGGCGUUGUUCGGAGCUUCCAUUCUUUGAAACAUCCGAAAACACCACAGUUUCCAGUAACUGAAAACUGGUUAACAGCCCUGAGUUUUGCAAACUGAAACACCGAAAAGUCUGAACCCUAAUUGUAAGACACACUUCGUAUGCACAUAGAUGCUGUUAACAUGUUACCUCUGCUGCGGUACUUGCUGUUUUCUGAGGGCCUAAACUGUAAAUUGCUAGCUUUAAUUGAAGCAAAAUUAACUUUGCACUGCCUCCAACGUGAUCGGUGAAUAUGAAUUCGUGGUUAAUUUUUGCCACCAUACGUGAAAUGCAGUAAUCAAAGAACGCACUACGGGAGGCUGGGUGAACCUACAGCCCUAAUAGGAUUAUGUAUGGGUUCUCCCUCUGUAAUCUAAUAACUUGGCAUUGGGACAACAGAGCCACUGAAGGAGUUCUCCCCCCCUUUCUUGGUAGCCUGCGUUUAUUCGCAGAGCAGGGUAUUGUAUCGUUGAUUCCCCGUUUGCCGUGCUUUAUCGUUCUUGGUUGUCACCAGUUUCCAAGAAGCAAAAGAAACGUGGAAAGAAGCGUUCAAAAAAUUAGUUUCCAGUUACUGCAUGACGGACAGAGAGUCAAUAAACACUGCUUACUUCUAAAAGCAAAAGCAAACGCAAAGGAUUCAUAUUUUUUUCGUUCUCCUCUCAGCUUCACUUUUGCACUCACGCAGAAACCAUAUUUCUGCACGGUUGUCAUUUCUCACACCACCUCGAUCACACUAAUACACUGUGCCUUCCAAAGUAAUCCGACAAAAAUGGCUGAUGGCACAGACAUAAGGGGAUCUGCCGAAGAAGCAGCUAAGGCACUCGAAAGUUUCACAAAUGCAAUAUCUGAUGAUAUCCCCGAAUCGCGUACUUCAAGUCGGUCCGUGCCGUCUGCGCCGAUUGAAGGCACCGAAGUAGCGGCACGAUCCCCCACAGCAGAUGAUCCUGCCCUGAUGCCUGGGAGCGAGCCAGUUUUUGAUGGUACCAAUGUUGAUGCUGAGAAUGAAAGUGAUACGGAUGAGGAGGUUUUAAGUGGGAAUGAAGAAACGCAAAAAGUUAAAGUUGCACAAAAUGCAUCAAACCAGCUUGCAGUUGCGGAGAGGGACGAAGAGGGAUCCACGGACAUUGAAAGCCGUUCAGAUAAUGAAGGAAUGGAUCAGGACAACAGCAAUUCUAAAGGAGCAAAUAGAGCUCCUUUGAUGCAGAAGCAGAGGACCUUACUGGCAGAAGAAACUCUGAUGGACACGUUGUCACUGGUAGCCACAGAAACAGAUGAAGAAACAUUGCUUGUACAGGAACCUAAAGAACCUUCUAACCAUACGAGAAUGCCGCAGCUGCACUUCCCAAAGACUGGAAUUGCAAAUAAUUCCAGUGGGAUCACUCGUAGAUUGGGGCACCGCAGACAGAAAUCACAUUCGCAACCUGCAACUCCAUUAGGACUUCGCUCUCGUGAAGACGGCCUCCGCAGUCCGAGUCUUUCGUAGCCUCGACUCUGCCCUUCCACAAGCGCCAGCUUCUAAAGUAAUCGUGACCAAGUCAAAGAUCGGGAACAAGGUAGACAAG